AUGGCUACGAGCAUGGAGCUAAUUGAUGGUCGUGUUAUUGAACUUCUGGAUCAUGGGAUUGUUCGUUUUGGUCAUGAGCGAGUUUGUAAUGAAGAGGAGUUCGACGAGUGGACUAAAGAUGGAAACGAUGGUGAUGUUGUGGAGGAGGAAGUAUCAUUAAUCAAGGGGUUGGAAAGGGUUGAUAUUGAUCAUGGGGAUGGUAAUAAUGGUGAGCUCUUGGAAAGGGAGUGUGGUAUAUGUCUACAAAGUCUAAAGGUUGAUGAUAAUGUUGCUAGGGCUAUUGAUAGUGGUGCUAUAACAAAGUCUCUUGUGAAGUUGCCUUGCAAACAUGUGUUUCAUGAGACUUGUGUGCUUAGAUGGUUUCAUACAAAAAAAAAACAUGUUUGCCCAUUUUGCCGGUUUGACUUGUCUCAGCUUGACGCUAGUGAUGAUUCUGAUGAUGAUAGUGAUGAUGAUUUUGAUGACAUUAAUGAUGAUUCUGAUGAUGAUAGUGAUGAUGAUUUUGAUGACAAUUCUGGUGACGAAGUGACGAUGAUUCUGAUGAUGGUAUGA